AUGUAGGAAACCCCCUGCCUAAAUUCACGCACAACGUUUCUUGGUUACUAUCACCAAGCAAGUGACCUUGCUUCCUUGUUCUAAUGGGACCUUAAUCAAUCACACAAGAAUAUACAAGAAAAUCAUUAAAAAGGCGACGGAGUUCUGUUGUCACCAAGAAGAAGCUUCAAUUGAUAUUUUACUUUUUCAUUCUACAAAACUCUUCGCUACUUGUUCCAACGCGUGAUUUCUCAGGUCAGGCCAGUUGCAUUCGACAAAGCCGUCAGAUUGUUUUUUUCCCAGCUUCUCCUCACAAGAAAAUGUACAUCAGACGACGAUUGAAAAACAAUUAGUUUAUCAAUACACCAUCUGCAGUUAGACUUUCAAUUAUGGUGUCAAGGUGCCUCUCUGCUGUCGAAACCAUCAAUGAAGUGUCCCAUGGCUUAGAAAAGAAACAUCGACAGAAUGAUACUUUUUCUAAUGCUGAGAAAAUCUUGGCCAAAAUCGACAGAGAACGAAGUUAUGUUGGCUCUCAGAGGAAACUUGGUAUGAGAAGACAUGCCUCUCUGUCUGCAAAUGUGUUCAAAAGAAGUGAGACCAAUGCAGCGGGUAACAAUCCACAAGUGGGAAGAUCAACGGAAAGAAAGUUUAGUAAGAGCGAGACACAAUCAAAUUUGUCCAAAGAGAAUCUAUCUGUAAGAAGUUUACCAGUCCGCCGGCCGUCAUCAAGAGCGAGUAGUCAGAAAGACAAGACAGAAUGGCGACCUAACACUGUUGCAAAUGUCGGAAAAUCAUACACUAACCGGUGCGUUAAGGAAAUACUACAUAAAAUAGAAAGGGGCGCCUACGCCUCUGAGUGGUACAACUUCAGCAACCCAACACUUCCUGCACCGAAAUGGAUAGAUUUUCAUGCAGAAGGCCACGGAGGUGUACUUGACGCGUUUUUAUGCCAACAAAGCAAUAAGAAUCAGAUGUGUUAUAUGAUGGAUGUGAGACUAGGUGACAAAGUUGGAAGACUGCUUAAAUACCCUGAAAAUAUCAGAGUUGGACAGAAUGGAAAAGAUAUGGUGCGGAUAGAAAAAGAAGAGAGAGAAGAAAAAGACGAAAAUGAUAAAAUAGUGUGGAGCGACAACGAUGAACAUAUAGCAAAAUGCAGGGAGAAAAAAAUUAGACCGUUCCCUCUAUCGUGGAAAGAGCAGUUUAGUUGGGAAAAUGUGAAGAUUAUAACUACACCUGAAAAAGACCCAAGAAAAGAAAAGAGAACAACGCCUGAGAAUCUUUCACACCAGCCGAAACGAUACGAGCAUAAACGAAAAGAUUUUCAACAGAGGAAGCAGGGUGGUAGGGCCGGGCACGGUUAUUCACUCAGACCAGUUGAUAUACGAAUAAUACAAAGUAUGCCAAACGUGACAACGAGGCAGAAAUCUAUCCGAGGCUUUCGCCUUGAGAACAGUUGUAAGACGUCAUUAGAUGGAUAUUAUAGCUCAAGUGGUGGAUCUUCAAAUGAAUCGAUAACCGUAAGAGACAAUCACGAGAACCAACAAAAAAAGAAAAGAUCAAACAUCUACAAUUACCUAUCCGUGGACGGCAAAUCCAUUAGGAAACUGACCGAUAAACCUGUUAAACAAAAGUGCCGAGACAAAGAGAAAACCGAAAAGAGAAGUCGUAGUAAGGAAGAAAACGGCAAGACGGUUCCCAUUAAACAAACGAACAAACUGCAAGCCAGCAACCAUAAAGGAUUGACCGAAAAACUGCCCUCUCGUUGUGGCAGCCUGGAAUCUGAAGAAAAUAGUUCUUUUCGUCAGUAUGAUAAGUCGGAGCACCACGGAACAGAAACAACACGCAAAAGUCCUGAGCUUUUACAACAAAAAAUAAUUGGGAAUAAGCCAAAGUUUGAUGUGCGGAUUCCUUUUUUAAAAAUAAACCCUAAUACUGAUGAAAUGAAGAAAGAAACAGAGAACGAAAAUCCUGAAAAGCAAUUAACCAAAGUUACCGAGUCAAACAAGGGUCAGAUGCUUCGUUCCUCAACCACAACCAAUGCAAUCCCGCUAAACAGGGAGGACAGUCAGUCUCAUAUUGAUUACGACGCCAAAGCUUUGGGCAUUGAGGCCGAAGAGAGGGUCAAUGGAGAUGUGUUUCAAGAAAAACUUCAGAGAGAGGGCUCGUCGAAGGAACAGCUGUUGGCUCUACGUAAAUCAAUCACUCAAUCAGUUUCAACCGAAAACAUGGAACUAGAGAAGGACUUGCAGUUACUUCACGUAAAUAAUCAUAAGCAUGCUUCUAAAAGUCAGUCUUCAUUUCUAAGCUAGAUGCUGAUGUAUAUAAAUAAAUUCAUACGAAUGACAGUUUUGAUUCGCCAUUCAAGAUUUGGCAAGCAUGAAAUUUGUCAUUAGGGCAUUUGCCUAAAAACAAAUUGGUGAAAAUACCUUAGGUUGACAAUUGAGAAGGAAUUCGACCACGCAUAUCUCUAUGUUAGUAAACAAUUGACAAGCACCCACUUUUCACUGUCAAAGUUCUUCCAUAUUUUUGUCUUUACAACGUUACAUGUUAAUGUCACAAAUGACAAGCAUUUGAAGACAAGAAUCUUUAUUUUAAUUUUCGCUGAAGGAUACAAAUCUUGUGUUCACACUUUGCAUCAAAAAUUUGUAUUGACAAAAAUUAAGGCUCUUAAAUGCUUUGUCAGUCACUAAAUAACGUUUUAGAACCCUGUUUGGAGCCCGAAACAUGUUCGAACUGUAAUUGUGGAAAUUUUUAAGAAAGAAAAUGUUUUGAAGCAGUAAUGCAUGUUUUUCUUAUUUUCCGCAACUUUCUUCGUGACUUUAGCUUUAUAUAAAACAUGUCGAGAAAGCGUGGCAACAAAUCACUUGCAGAAGCUAGUAGUAUUACCUGGGUG